AUGGCAGAUGAAACAGCUGUGCUGUUAAACAUAAGCGAGAUGAUAGAUCUGGCAAUCGGAACACCGGAGGUUGGCGUGGUCGACUUCUGUAUGCUCCAGACGGUAUUGCAUUGUCUUGCGCAACAGCUACGCGUUCUUGGCAAGAAUGUGGAACUUCGGGGCAGUGUCGCGGCACUGCCCCUGGGCAGAGAGAACUCGCAGACCAUAGCAGUCAGCGAGUUUGUUGUGGACACAGAUCAGGCAACACAAGCGAAAACUGUCAAAUCUGAACUAGUGCCACCGCCCUCUGCUACUGAACAGGAGACAAUUUUAGUAGUGGAACGGAUAAAGAAGGUCGAUUCGCCAGUCAAUCGAAGUCCCCCACGCUCCCAUUCGCCUCCACCAAACGCCCCAUCACCAGCACCUAGAUUGACAUCUACUGAAAAACUAUCUCUCGUGACCAUAAGCAAAUUCAACCUUUUGGAGAACACAGUGGAGGAUCUUAAGAGUCGCGUCUACGGUAGUAUGCCGAAGAAUGAGGAGAUUUUAGAAGAAGUACGAUCGCAAACAAAUCUCAAAGCUAUCACCGACAUGUGGACGUCGUUGAAUGUUUCAUCUCGUCUUGAAGCCGCUGAGGCAGGCAUAUCGAAGCUUAGCUCGCUGGUCCAAGACAUCAUAUCAGAUACGGCUGGUCUACAAGAGGCUAUUGCUGCUAGAAGAGCUUCAAAAGUCGAACCGCAAAUUCAAACAAUAGUAGCGCCAGCACCCGUAGAUAAUGUCGCGUCCAAAGACGACUUGGCGUCUCUGCAGCAACGCCUCUCCAAGUUACGAAACGAUCUCGACAACCUGACGAACUCGUUUAACACAGCUAUGGCAGAUAUACAAGCUGGAUUGGAGAUGCAAGCCAAUCAACCUCCGCCACCACCGCCGCCACCUGCACCAGCGCCAACCGUUCCAGAAGCAGUACCGCCGCCACCACCUCCUCCUGCCCCUCCCGAGUCCAGGCGGCCAACGGAACCCCCGCGUCAAUCGUUCUCGCAAAUGACAGCAGGUUUGAUGGAGAGGCUCAACGAUCUAGAAAAGCGACUUAAAGAGUGUUGUGAUAAACUUGGCAAGAAGGAUGGCGCUAUUCAAGACCAGCUUAAUUCCUUCCAAGAUCAGAUUGAAUACCUUUCCAAACAACUAGCUGGGUUGGCUCAGAAACAGGGCGAUAAUACGUUGUCUCCUGAUAUGUUCAAGGAUAUUCAAGGUCUUAUGUCUCUCUUCCAAACGGUACAAGAUAUGCAGGAACAGCUGAAACAAGUUCACGAAACAGCUUUACAACUGGCAUCCGAGAAAGAGGAUAGGCUUCACAAUAUGAACGCUCUUUUGGAACAAAUAGAGCUACUGAAAACGAUAAAACUGGAUCGAGAAGAUAUGGUGGAGGCAAUGGCUGACAAGGCAGACAUGCGUAUGCUUGCACGCAAAGUGUCGCACGACCAGUUCGAAAUGGCCUGUGACGACUUAUCUCGUGGUCUGGAACAUGCUCUUGGGAAACUGAAUUUGCAGGAAUCCUUAUGGCAACAAGCUCUUGAUGAUAUACAACGGGAAAUCGAGAUGAAGCUCGACAAAAUGGAGUUAUCGCCGGUUAAGGAAUUCUUUAACAACAAAUUGAAACAGCUUCAAGAGAACCUUAAACAAAUGGCCGCGUUGAGGAAGGAAGCUGAGGCUGCUGGUACUAAGAGGAAAUUAUUAAGGGACGUAAAUUGCAUUUCAUGCGAUGCACGAGCUGUAAUGCCGAUGGAAGCCGAAUCGAAUAUACCGGUUAGCCGACCGAUGCCGGCGAAUCUCUCUAUGAAACCGUAUUUGAGUUAUGAAUUGGAUGCUAUACGCAAAACUCAAGCGACGAAUCUGCCCCAACGCAAUAUGCGAGAUUGGGAGAACAUUGAAAAACAAAUGGCUCAACCAAAACCACCACCGAAACCCAAGUCGGAGACAGACAAACAUCUCUGUAAUCGUUAUUGUGGUGGUUCCCACACGACUACAACGGCCGCGCAGCGCGUCGCUCGUCUCGGACACUUCAUGAAGCAGUGGGGUCCGGACGUAGUGCCCCUUUCAUCUGGUCUGGCUGCUGGAGAUGAUGGAAGGAUGUACAAAGUGACUACAACUGAAGGAGCAAACGUUGGACCAGGGGGAGCGGUGGAUGCUACUUGUACUUCAAGAUUUAGAAAGGAACAGCCUACACCUAAAACUCCUCAAAAGCAAGCAGUGCCAACACCGGUGAGUUUCUUUUAA